AUGGUGACCAAUCAGUGCACCUUCCACGCUCCAGUCAGCUUCCCUCAGGUCCCGGUGGCUGCUCUGGCCGUGGAGAAAGUGGGCCACUCCAGUGUGCAUUACCGCCUUGCUCUGUUUCCACCCAAGCCUGCCCAGGAGCCGCCCACAGCAGACCACCGUGACCUCAAUGACGGCUUUUUCUUUGGCCACCCCAAGCUGGCGCAGUUUGACACUUUGGCCUGUACUACUGGGUCCUCGGUCCACGUUUUUGUGAAUCCAGCCACCAGCAAGCCCACAGACCUCCCAGAAGAAUUCAGGAGGGGCCUCCUGAGGCUGAGGAGGCUGGCUCCCGUGUGA